AUGCGUCUCUUUCUGGCUUUAGCGGCGGCUCAGUCGAUCGGGCUGUUUUUGGAAACUACCGAUGCGUUUUCGGCAGCUGGUUGGUCUUUUGCGCACAGAUACCCUCGAUCUUUUUCGGUGCUUCGGGUUGGAGACGAUGAUGGAGAAAUUCCCUCGGAAUCGCUGGACGGCGCAGAUUUGUCGGAUGAUAUGAAAGAGAAAAUGAAAUCUGACGAUGAACAGUACGGGGGAGGAUCUCGAUUCAGGGAAAUGAUGGAAAAGGCUCAGAGUCGACAAGCUGCUGAAGGUCCACAAACCUUGAAGAAUCCAUUUGUCGAAAACCCGUUCGCAGGCAUUGAAGGACUCGAUCCUGCCACGACCCCAGAGCAGCCACCGGCAGCUGGCCUCGAUCCGAAUGCUUUGACGGUCGAGCAGCAAGCGGAAAUGUUCCGUGCCAUGAUGCAGGGACAACAAGCAGCACCGGCGCCAGCUCCUCUUUAUCAAAACGUCAGACCUCCAAAACCAGAUCGUAAGGAGGGAAGAAACAGAGAUGCGGAUACCAUUCAGAACACGGCUGAUGUCUAUUUUGCUCAGCUCAAGAGGGAUUCCACUGUUCGAGGAAUUGCAAGAAUUCGGGGAGAUGAUGAAAAGGCCAAUGCGGUCUUUGAAGACGAGAAAAUCGAAGAGCUCAAGGGCAUGAUUUCUGAGAAUCCUCACUUGGCUGGAAAGCGAGAAGCAGAACAGAAAUUGAUUGAAACCGCUGCGGAAGAAAUGAUUGCCUUCCAGAACGCCCAAGAAUACAAGCCCAGUAAGGGAGCAGCCGGUCCCAGCUACAAGCAAAAGCUGGCGGAAAGGCGAAAGAAAAUGGGUGGAGUUGGAAACGCUGUUGCCCAAACGGCUCCUGAACCACCAAAGGCAGAAGUGGCACCCCAGCCAGCAGAACCCGAGGCACCAAAGGUAGAGGCACCAAAGGUAGAGGCUCCACCGGUACCAAAGAUACAAGCUGCCCCUGAACAACUUAUUUUGGAGGAACCCCCUGCUGCAUCGGCCCCAGUUCCAGUCGAACCUCAAGCUGAAGCACAAGCGCAACCACCGCAUAUACCACCGUCCCCACCUCAACAAUCUACUUCGGAAUGGGGCUCUCCCAAUGAAAUCAGGCAGGGGCUCCGUACUUUGAUGGGCUUGAUCUUGAAGCACCGUGGAGGCCCUGGCUUUGGUGCCGGCGGACUCAAGGGACAAGAAAUUGGUCAAUAUGAAAAUCUCUUGGCAGAGAUCACCGCGCUGUUGAAGGAAGAAGCCGUGUCGAGUGCGGACUUUUCGACGCCCUUGCAAACAGUUCCAGUCACCGCUCCAGCACCUGCUCCUGCGCCACAACCAGUUGUCACUGCGGCAGCCCCGGCAGCUCCCGCUUCCUCAUCUGGCGAUGAGAUUGCAAUCAUGUUGGCUUGUAUCGACGGUGCAAUCACCAUGUACAAGAACAGCCCUCCCGAACUGCAGGAAGGUGUCUUGAUGACUGUCAGGGCUGCGUUGCUGUCCGCCGUCAACACGAUCAGCAAAGCGUUGGGUGAGAACGAAGGUGUUCCGCCUUCUGCCGCUGGAGCUGGAGGCAGCGUCGAAACCAUGUUUGGAUGUGUGGAGGGUGCCAUUAUGAUGUAUCGUAACAGUCCACCAGAGCUUCAGCAAGGGGUCCUGCUGACUCUACGGGCUGCUCUCUUGUCAGCUAUCAAUACCUGCAACAAGGUUAUUGCCGAGAAUGACGUGGAGAACUUUCAGCAAUAUCAAGCGGCAACCGCGACCAUGGAAAAGCCACCAGCGACGACCAAACCCGCGCAAUUUUACAAUGUUGUCCCGGCAGAAGAAGUAAUUGAAGAAGCAUCGACUACUGCACUCGACGAAAACUCCAAGGUACUAGAGAGUAUCUACGACAAGUUGCAGGCAGCUGCAGGGGACGGAAAGUUGGGAUUGCGAGAAGAUCUCACAUCGGAGGAAGCCACCGAUUUGGCCGAUAGCAUUGCCGAGAUGCGGGCCAUCUUGAUGCAAGAGUUGGAUACUGGCAUUCCGGAACCCCAAAAAACUCCUGCUGCGGUUGGAUCGGCUGCAGCAGCCUCAGAAUCCACAGGUUCCAUAUACCAGCAAAUGCUUUCGCAGGCCAGGGAAGCAAAGGCUGCCAAUUAA